GAUCUGUGGCGGUGGCCACCGAUCUAUCGCAUAUUCCCACUCCACAGAGAAUCAGACAUUUCUGUUCGUUGUCGUAAACAGACGAGUCGCAGCUGGGAAUGGCGUUGCAAGAUGCAAAUGUCGUGGUGAUUCCCGCCGGAAUUCCCAGAAAGCCCGGCAUGAGCAGAAUCGACUUGUUUCACAUCAACGCGUCGAUCGUCCAGCAGCUGGUGGAAGUUUACGGCGAGAUUUGUCCGGAGACGUUGUUAGCUAUCAAUUCGAAUCCGGUGAACUCUACUGUCCCGAUUGCAGCCCAGCAGCUGCGGAGCCAGAACUGUUUCUGUCCAGAAAGGUUGUUCGGCAUAACCACAUUGGACAGUCCGAGACUGGAGCAGUUUUGAGGUGAGCUGACCGGGGAGUGGGAUGUGCAAGGCCAGGUGUACACUGUUGGGGGGACACUCUGGAGAGACGAUUGUGCCUGUUAUAGGGAAUUGGUGUCUGCGGCUGUCUUCCGAGCAUAUCAAAGGUCUAGUACACCGCGUGCGAUACGCAAGGGACCAGGUGGUGCAGGCCAAACAGAGCAAAGGGUCAGGAACGUUGUCGAUAUAAGCUGCAGCAAACCGUUUCCCGUGUGGGAUUUUACGAGCGAUUUGUACAGGAGAGACUGUGGACUAGGUUGCCUUUGUAAACGUUUCGCGGCUGAAAGCCGACGAUUGCUUUGUUCGUGAAUUGACGCAC